AUGUUGACGCCGUCGAAUCAUCUAUCUUCGUUAGAUCCACAUCGUCCAAUUUCCGGUGUUGUUGAUGCGGCUCAUAGAGAUGAGGAAGGUGGUGCCCAUUCUCAUGAUUUAGAUGACGAAGCCGAUGAAGACGAAGACGACAUAGGGCAUGAGACCUCUUCGUUAACUGGAGAAGAACUACUGGAAGAGCAGCAACGACGAGCCGAAGCCGCUGAAGAUGAAGUACUUCAUAUGACUGAGCUGCUAUCGAAGCGUCGCGAGUCUGAAGCCCGGAGACACCUCAUGAUGGCAGAAAUGGAAGCAGACAUGGAACGCGAUCAUCGACUUCGUGCUGCCGCAACAGCAAUGGCUCUGGCCGCGGUGAGUAAUCUGAGUCCUGCUCGAAAAGCUCGAGCACAUCGUUUUCACACGCACACUGGACGUUGUAUACGACAUUCCAGGCAUGCUGGUCCAUUGGCCUUACCAAACAUCGGAUUGACGGGAAGGGAUACAUACGGAACUUUUCCAUCAACUGCCUACCGUGAGGAGGAUAUGGUGAUUUCGAUCACCAAAUCUCCUGCCGGAUUGGGAUUCAGUUUGACCACGAAACCCUUAAGAUCUAUCCGUGUCCCAGGACAACCGGGAUCAGUGGAACCGUGUGGUGAAGAGCCUGUGGCUAUCUGCGUGAAAAACAUACUUCCUGGAGGUGCUGCUUUGAAAGAGGGACAGUUACGCCUCGGAGAUCGUCUCUUACAGGUGGACGAUCAAGAUGUAUCGGACAAAACCCAAGCCCAAAUCGUAUCAAUGCUGCGUGUUAAACCGGUUGGCAGUGUGGUGAAAUUAUUAAUUCGAAGACAAUUUCCCCCGCCAGAUCCAACUUCAGUGCCUCGUCCUGUUUCAGUUGGACUGACCUGCCCUGGUUGUUUGGUUCACAAACCAGACUAUUUACCAUACGGCCCGGUUUUGAUGAAUAACGCUCAGCGCGUUCAUCCACACAACUAUCCACAUUCGCAACCACAAGCCCCACCACAGUCACAGCAUCAGCACCACCAUCGUCAUCAACCCUCGCAACAAUCUCGACAACGGGCACAGUUACAGCAACGACAACAAUUGAUGGAAGAACUCACUCAUCGCACCCACUCCCAUUACCCGGUUUGUCACACGCUUCAGGCGACCAAAUUGUCCUCCUUAACUGGAACACGGUUGCCGAACGAUCGAACGAUCUAUCGAUGCGCGUCCCCACCUCUUUUGCAACAUACAACCCAAUUUUUGGAUGAUUUACCUGAUGUAACCAGCACGACUGACUAUCCUCCCUAUCCCGAUGUUCUCAUCUUUCGAUUGGAUAUUCCGCUGGUAUGCAAAUCCUCCACGAGUACGAUACCCACUACAACCGGAACAGGUUUGAUAACAUCAGGCGAUGCAACUGUAGAAACCGGUCCUUCAACUGAUGGAACAAAGACAGCCACAACCACGACCUCGCGUCACAUGCGACUGGGCGUCAGUGUACGUGAGACGUGUUCGUCACGAGCGUCAAAAUUGGCCGAACGUUUGCUUGUUAACUCCGUCCCCGGACCGGAUACCACUUCUCGUUUGCCGCUACAUCUAGUCGACGAAAAUUGGGCUCGGGAUCUGGGAGCGGAUUCUGUUUAUGGCGGUGUGUUAGUCAAGGGCAUAAUUGAAGGUGGAGCAGCACAUAAGGUACUACUACAAUUGCGUUAUUGCGUGGAUGGUCGUUUACGAGUGGGUGAUGAACUCCUUGAAGUGAAUGGAGUCCCACUAGUAAAUGCUAGCAGUCCGCUUGGUCUUCUACGCUCGGUCCUACGUCAACUGACUUCAUCACCAACCCAAACUACGGACUCGAUUAAACCUGAUUCGGUUGAUAAUGCGCUCAAGUUGGGUGACCUCAAUUCUCAAAUGGCAAAGCAUAUCAAGACUAGUGCUGGUGCGGAUGUGAACAAUAAACCUCCAGGUAAUCCAAACGUCGAACCUCCAUCCCAAACGGUCCCGACGGUCGAAUUAUUAACUGCCAGGCAGAUGCGACAUCGACGAUCCGCUUCUGGUCACACGUUGGCUUCCAAUUCCGAGUUUUGGACCGAAACGUCUCCGGGGAGCACAAUGACCACAACCACAACUACUUGUCAAAUGUCAGCUGUGUCCAUCGGUCAAAGGGGUCCCAGUACAUCCACCUCAUCCGGCCUGAAUAACAAAACCAAUCUGCGACCAUUGUCUGACCUUGCUGAUGAAUUGGAAACACCCGAUCCCGUUACGGUUGGACCCAGUCACGCCGUACAAAUAGCCGCAGAUGUGCACUCGCAUCGUUUAGGUGAUGAAAUCGUUUCUCCCGAUUCUGACACAAAAAGUGGCGGUGGUGCCGGAUUGGGGCGUGACACAACUUUGGCUCCGCGAAAGCUGAUAUCAUCAGAUGUAAGUGUCACAACCACAUCGGUUUCCGUAAGCUCAGUCAGUGGAACUGCUACAUCGUCCCACGUAAACAAACCGAUCUAA